UGAUGAUCCUCACAAACCUGUCUUCUCCGUGCUUUCGGCAAAUAUGGAGCCUUUGAGUAUUACUGCAGCGAUCGGCGGCCUUCUUGGUGUCUCCAGCAGGCUUUACGAAUACCUCCAUGCAUACUUCACCACGGCGAAAGACGCCCCUGAUGUCCUCAUCACCAUCAGUACCGAGAUCAGGGAUACUCAAUUGGCUCUUGCAUCACUCCAAGUCCUUCUAACAACCGUCGCAUUUUUGUCAAACCAACGAACCGCUUUGAUUCAAUUCGAGGACCUUGCUGAUACCGUCGCGGACACUGUGCUUACUUACUCUGAAUUGGAAGCAACCAUCACUCCAUUCAUCGCUAAGAAAGAGCAAGGUGUCACUCUGAAAGCCCGGCUUGGAUGGACGCAAGCAGAGGAUGAAUGCUUUAAGAUCAUCGACCGUUUGCAGCUUGCUCUUGCGGUCAAGGUAGACCAAAUCUUACAGAUCAACCAAUUCCUAUUCCAGAGAUUUAUGAAGUCAGAAACGCGCCUUGAAGUGGAAAGCCUACUUUCUGGCAGACUCAAAGACACGGUGUCGAACCUAGAGGACGAUAACCAGAUCAUACGGACGAACCGGCCCUCAGACUACCAUCCUACAUCUGUGGAAGAAGCCAUCCGGUUCACCUUCCAUGAAGACCUCAAGAUGUCCCGCAUCUACCAUAUGACACAGAAAGAGGGCUGUGGCCACUCGAUCAUCAGCUCUGCUGUCCAAACGACCUCCUGGUCAAUCUUCUCUGGUCUUACCCUUGACAGUCUGACCUUUUCAGUGAUAUCUGUGUUCUCUUUGCCGCUGUACCCUAGCGACAUUACUAAUUCCAACGACUGUGCCUUCGGUCAGCAAGGAAAGUCGCAGCUACUGAAUCUCCAGAACUCUCUGCCAGCAAUUCAGGUUUUGUUCGAGCCAUCUGAGUCGCAAUCUCUCAGCCAUCAGACGGUCAGCCACCAGAAGGAAGCACCAGUACAACAAACAAACACAAGAGCCUUAUGCCAGUAGCUCCCAUUCCACACAAGGAAAGGCUUGGACAGCACAAAGGCGUCUCUGUCCCGGCAUUACCAGUUCUCUCUGCUUGGGACUCAGCGAGCAAUUCACAGGCCUUAGACAGCUCUCUAACCCUGAUGAGAAAUGAUCCUCAGCUUCCGUUCCCCAAGAACCUUGACACAGAUUAAAAAAUUGAAGGUGCAACUGCCGCAACAUCAUUGUCUUCUCUGUCUGCUAAUUGGCCGCCACAUACAAUUUCCUCGUCAGCGCCCACUGGUACUACACACUCAGAGGUCACGCCAACACUCAACGCGAGGGAGUCGGUUCUUGGCAUUGGGUGACUGCCACAGACUAGUUAACUAAAACGGUCUUCUCAAGCAGCCACGUCAAGCCUUUGAACUGGCUGGCCAUCGGUGGCAUAUUGACUGUUUCCGCUGCAACACUUGCGCUACCCUACUUGAGUCAG